AUUUACCGCUCGGUAACGCAGUCAUUCUCGAUUCGUUUUAGCUGUGCACGGUGUUACUUUAUGCGCUUUCUGUUGUUAUCUUGAAUUAACCGUAAUUACUUCUAGUUCAGUUGUAGAUUAGUUGAGCACAAUGAAAAAUUGUAUUGUUAAUGUGAUAAUGCUAUGCAUUGUAAUACAGGUGAAUUGCGCUUUGGCUUUCGAGAAAACGCGCACAGCAUAUUCUGCGAAGAUCUUUGGGUUCUCAUGGGAGAACUGUGGUAAGCCAGACGACCCAGCGGUUCUGAAGACCCUAACCGUGUCCCCGGACCCCAUCACAGUUCCAGGGGACCUAAAGGCCAGUGCGUCCGGGAAAACGACGGUCGAGCUGGCCGCUCCCCUCGCUGUGAACGUGACACUGGAGAAGGAGGUGGCAGGGUUCUGGGUCAAGGUGCCGUGUGUGGAAGAGAUCGGGAGCUGCCACUAUGCAGACGGCUGUGACCUGCUCAACCAGCUGAUACCGCCAGGACAGGACUGUCCUGAACCUCUACACACCUACGGCAUCCCCUGCCACUGUCCCUUUAAAGCUGGGAUGUACACGCUACCAGAGUCAGACUUCUACCUCCCUGACAUUGAGCUGCCCUAUUGGCUGACCAACGGACACUACAGAGUACAGGGAGAGCUGGGAGCUAUGGGAAAAGAACUGGGCUGCCUCAAAAUCACCUUUGCUGUCCACUCUAAUAACUAAACAAAGGAUAAAACACCUUCUCUUUCCACUCUAAUAACUAAACAAUGAAUAAAUCACCUUCUCUUUCCACUCUAAUUAAAUGGUGGAUACAGGGAACAUAAUGUGCCAUUCAGUGAGCUGCAGUACUGAACCUUUUGCCUUCUUUAUUCUGAAGGGAACUUCUGCUCUUAUCUCUUCUCAUCUCAUCAAACUGCCAAAUGAGAACGGGGCCUGUAUAGACAAAGUCUCUCGGAGUAGGAGUACUGAUCAGUUUUACCUUUACAAUCGUAAUGAAUAGGAGGGUGGACCUGAUCCUAGAUCAGCACUCUGAGAUACUUUGCGGAUACUGGCCCUGUACCAAACAAGCAGUAACUGAGCUGCUACUGUAGUUUAGGACACGAUUCAGUCGAAUUUUCAGGUCAAACAGUGAUUUGCAUGGCUACGUACUGGCUUCCUACUGUACUGCUAUGAACCUGUUUUGAUUCUUUUUCAGAAUGUUUUACACUGUCUUUUUUUAUACAGAAUGAAUUUUAGUAGAUUCCUUGUCAAGGGUGAAUGGCCGUGGGUAGGCUUCUAUUGCUCAUUGGCUUCUACCCUAGGUAAGGUGCUGGUCACAUGACUAGGAGUUUUUAUUGUGCCAUAGUCAUUUCUGGCUGACUCUUACUGUGUCAUUCGUUUUUGGUUCUAUGGAUCGUAAUGCUACUUCCUGUUGCUAGUGGUGACUUGUGAUUUUUAGAACCCCAGGGAAUAUGUUGUUCUUCCUGUUGAUUUGUGUAUUGAUCAGUUUUUUUCUGAAGGUGUUUUAUUGUUGACAUAUUCAAAGUGCCUAAGUAGACCUGCUGGAAUUGAGGUCUACGAAUCAAGUGCGACUGUGUGAUGUUUGAAAGGGAAAUGGGAUUAAUACAGGCAAUCAAUCAACCUCCUUAUAAUACCAAUAGCCUAAUCCUAUUCUAUAACCAGUUAAAGUGUUUUUAAAUCAAAAUUCAAAUGAAAUGGUAAUCAAGUAUCAAAGUUUUUAGGAAUCAACAUGAAAAAUUGUACCUUGAUUAUUUCGAAAUAACAUGCUUACUAUAACAAAUCAGCAUUGCUGGCCAAUAUUUCACUGUAAAACCCUUUUUAAAAUAAAAGAAUAUCCCAUG